UUCCAUGUGUCCCUGCCCUCCUGACAGCGUGGUUAAAGCUCCCAUCGUGGCACGACAGUCAGCAUGGUGCUGCACACUGGGAUUUAGCUACAGUAGGCAAAUACAGCAGAGGGAGAACAGAGAGGCCUGUGUGUGUGUGUGUGUGUGUCUAAGUGUGUGUGUGUCACACUGUUCAGCAGCAUCAUGGACACAGAAUAUUCGAAGAGAGUGUACCAAGGCGUCCGAGUCAAGCACACAGUCAAAGACCUGCUGGCGGAGAAACGAUCCCGACAGACAAAUGGGACGAGAUACAGCGGAGGAUCCACCACUCCACCUUCAUUUGUCCAGAUGCCAGGAUCCCACAUGCUGCCCAGCUACUACGGCAUGAGACGGCCCUUCAUCUCCGACUCAGACUUCUGUCCAUCCUCCAAGCAGUUCUCCCCUGAGAUGUAUUCUUCCACCCUCGGGGGUAAACCUCUGGGCUGUGAGCCCUCCACCAUGAGCAGCUACUCCUCCCUCAUCGACAGCUACUACCCAGAAACCUUCGGUGACUACCGCAGCGCCGCCACCUUCUCCAGCUCUGCAGGGUCCUUCCUGCAAUCGUCGGCCCUCUCCUCACUGCUGCCACCUUUCAGCGGAGAGUCCUCACAUUUAUUUCUGAGAGACUCAUGGGAGCAGUCAGUGGCAGAGCCAGUAUCUCAGGUGGAGGCUCUCUGUCCAGACAGCCUGGCCUCCGUCAGCGUCCCCGCCUCCAUGCCCAGCCCGGAGCCACCAGGGAGCCCCUCUCAGUACCGCUCCCCCAGCCGAGGCUCCUCCUCCAUGGGCCCCGUCUCCAGCAGCCAGCCCUACACCCUGCACUCCCUGGAGGACGCCCACUACCACCCUCUGACCAGCAGCAGCUCCUACCCCCUCCCCGCCUCCUCCUUCACCUGCCCUCCCUACAUGAGCGGCACCGUCAGCGACCUGGUGUCCAAGAUGGUGACGGAGGAGGCAGCUGACGGCCACAGCAGUCUGUCCAGCAGCACUGACGCUCACUCCUGGGCCAAGGAGGACGGGGUGAGCGCCUGGUCGCCCUACGAGAUCAGGAGGGCCUACUGACUGGACGACUGGGUCGGAAUUUAGAAGAAGAUUGAGUCUUCAGAGACAAUUCUACAGUAAACUCAACAAACACUUGGCAACUCGAUGUAAACCUGGAAGCUUUUUCUUUUUGUUCUGGACAAUUUAAUAUCAGUUUGUUAACUUUGAUUUCUAAGGAAAAAAAUCUAGUUUAAUAUGUUGGUAGAGAUGUGGCAGCAUCAGUGGACAAGCUGUCCAAUCUGAUGUGUAAGAAGGCUCCUACUUAUUUGUAAAAAAGCAAAAAAGUGGUGUCUUUUUUGUUUGCUUGUUUCAUUUGUAUGCAAAAGAGUGGGCAGCAAGGAUGUGACAGUAAACAAAGGUCAUGAUAAGCAAUAAAAAAUGAAAAACGCACCCAAAAAAAGAGAUUUAGUUAUGAAGUAAAGGUAAUAGAAUAAAACUGACACUUUCAUGGUUAUCGUGAGGAUUUAUGGUUAUUCUGAAAAGCUCUGUGAACAUGUUAUUCUUGUCCUCCUCUACCUGGGAGCUCUCUGUACUGACACUGCUACUAAACUGCAACCUGCUGCCAUCUUUAGAGGUUUUCUGAAUGAAGCGCAUUCAGUGGAGCUGCUGCGUGGUAUGACUGCAAUCUGAUGUUGGCAUCAAGGACUGUAUUUUAAACACUUCCCCUCCUAACUCAGUCUUGGACUUACAGGGUGGAAAGGGUUAUAUUUUUGAAGAUGACAAAAAGGUAAAAUCUCUACAUUAUGAUCACUACUGUUCAAAAGUUUGAGGUCACUGAGAAAUGUCCUUAUUUUUCAACAAAAGCGUUUUUUUUCAAUGAAGAUAACAUUAAACGAAUCAGAAAUCCAGUCUAGACAUUGUUAAUGUGGUAAAUGACUAUUCUAGCUGGAAACAGCUGAUUUUUAAUGGAAUAUCUACAUAGAGGUACAGAGGAACAUUUCCAGCAACCAUCACUCCUGUGUUCUAAUGCUACAUUGUGUUAGCUGAUGGUGUUGAAAGGCUAAUUGAUGAUUAGAAAACCAAUGUGCAGUUAUGUUAGCACAUGAGUAAAAGUGUGAGUUUUCAUGGAAAACAUGAAAUUGUCUGGGUGAUCCCGAACUUUUGAAUGGUAGUGUAUGUCCACAUAAUGGUGUUUAUUUGAAAGAAAGCUUAUAUCGCUUUGAAAGGUGUGAGACUGUUGUGGGUAAAUUGCUGUUUAAAGAACAUUUUAAGACAAUAGGAAAAAUUUGUUCAGCGUCACUCAGAGUAUACCUUCUGGAAAUCUUCUUGAUCAUAUCAGAAUCAAUAAUUCUACGUUCCAUAUGUUGGUUAAAGGUCUUCCUUAGACUGCAACCCAUUCCUUAUCAUAGUCUGAGCUCUCUAUUUUUGACUCUAUUUAUAUAACCAUGUGUUUAUGUAACACGCACACAAAUAUGUGUACUGAGUUGGAAGCAGUGGUCAAUUUUAACAUAUAAGUAACUGAUUAUGAAUAGAUGAUUAGCAUAUUAAUAAAAGAUAACCAAGAGCUUACAACUGACUUCAUUUUCACAAAGCAGACCAUAAAACCGAUAAGAUCACAGGACACCCAAGUGAAGCAACUAUUUCAGUUAUUUUAUAAUUACCUCAUUAUAUCAUUAUCUCCUGUCUCAUUAUACCUCAUCUCAUAAUUUAAAGAUGGAUCAUUUAUUUAGUUGUAAGAACUACAGUGAAAUAAUAACAAACUGAGAACAUGGAAAGUGGUGAGAACAGUCGCUCACUGGCUUAUUGAGGACAGAGUGAAAGAAUCCAGCUGUUAUUUCUGUUGCAAGUCUCUACUCAUGUAAUCUUCGAAAACCACCACGUGACCAAACACAUGGUGACCCUAAAGUCUGGACUCAUAGGAAAUCUGAUUAACUAGGUUAUUUCUGCCUCCACAGAUUAAAUAUGGUUUUGUCAGAAAAAGAAAGAGUUGAACUGGUACUUCUCAGUGGACGUGAAGGAUGGACAUAUGGAAAGACAAGGUUAGGGUUAGGGAUGUGAUUUUAUGGGGCUAGCAUGAAUUUUAGCCAUGACCAAUUCUUUAGUUUCUGCUGAUACAUUUAGUCGUCCAGAACGGGGUUUGUCCAUAACACUGGCUGUUUCUUUAAACUUUUUAACCAUCUUCACCACUGUGGAAAAGCCAAGUGGAAUCCUCCUUGGAUGAUGUGCAUUAAAUUCAUCUGCUGUCUUUCCAUAUGUCCAUCCUUCACAUCCAAUGUAAAUAAUGUUGUUAAUGAGAUUUCCUAUGUUUCCAGACUUUGGGGACACCCUGUAAUUAAUAAAUACAAUAAUAUAAGCAUAGUUGUAAAUAUAAGAACAUUUCUGAACUGUUUAUUCAUGUCUGUGUUUGCUGCUAGUACCAGCUUUAAAUGUUAAACUGAUGAGAUGAAAAAAAAAUAAUAAAACAUUUCUCAGCAAAUCUCUGUAAGUCAAAUUGUUAGGGUUUUUUUGUCAUCAACUCUUAUUGAUGGCUCAUGAAGCCAAGGUUACCAAAGAGAGGUACAUCUUGACUUAGAGUAUGUUUUUUUUUUAAAUGUAAUUCCCACAUAAAAAUGUCAAACAGUUGCUAAAGUUCUGUUUUUUUAAUUCUUGAAGAAGUUCAUAAGAUGUCUGUUCUGCUCAGGUCUUCCACCUAGUUGAGACUUUGUUUUUUUGUUUUUUUGGGUUUUUUUUUUGGCUGCAGGUUCUGAGUCAGUCUUACAUUGUUUCCAGAUUUCUUUAAAGUAGGUUUCAGUCUUUUAAAGUCUGUACAAGAGUUUAAUUAAAUCUACAAUUAAACCUAAAUUAUACACACUUUAAUUGAUAAAGGAUUCUUAUUUUACAUAUAAAAAAUAUUGCAUUCUGAUACUGUCUACACACUUUUCAUGCACACUAAUACAAAAUCUUUGAAUUGUUAACAAAUCAAUGUAAAUAUUUUGUGGUUAAUCAGAACUAAUUGUUUAUAUAUGGCUGAAUCGAGGCUGGCUGUGCUGUUGAAACUCAUCUGAAGGGAAACAAACCCUACAGAGAGAUGGUUCUACAAUAAAAUUCUGCUAGAAAAGUAGUAGUUACUGGAUGUAACUCCAGUUCCAAGAGUACACGUGAAGCCCUCUGACAGGGUUACUGUCCAAUGAAAGUGUUGGAAGCAGAAUUUGUGUAGCAGAUUAACUUUUGUUAAGGGGUUUUAACCAUUAAAUAGCUUUUAUUUAGUUACAACUACAUGAAAGUAUAUUUACUUUGAAUGAAUGAAUGAAUGAAUGUUUUUAUUUUGGACGUGACAAAAAAGUCACAAAAACAAAUCAAAAUAUUCAAAACAACAACAAAACAAAUAAACAAAACAAAGCAAAAGAUAAUAACUGAACAUAUCCAUAAAGGAGUAGGAUGAACAUGAACUUAUUUCCUCCUACCCUUUCUCCAUUUCGACCAUCAGUCACUCAGUACCCUUCU